UUGUGAGCCAGUGAUGAUAAUAAAAAUGAGUGGAGGUAAAGAAGCUACAUCACUUUCUUCUGGCUUCUAGAUCAGUGUCCAAGGUUUCAGCAAAAGAAAAGAUGACAACCCAGGCUCUGCUGCUGACCGAGGCUCAGAAGAAGGAUCUUCAUGAGACAGCACUCUGCAUCGUUUCUCCAGGAAAAGGAAUUCUGGCUGCAGAUGAGUCUGUGGGUAGCAUGGGCAAGCGCCUGACCCAGGUGGGAGUGGAGAACACGGAGGAGAACCGCCGUCAGUUCCGUCAGAUCCUCUUCAGUGCUGAUGAUCGCAUUAACAGCUGCAUUGGAGGAGUUAUCUUCUUCCACGAGACACUGUACCAGCACUCGGACCAUGGAGUGCCCUUCGUCAAGAUGAUUCGAGACAAAGGGAUCCUGGUUGGAGUCAAGGUGGACAAAGGCGUUGUUCCACUGCCAGGAACCUAUGGGGAAACCACCACACAGGGUCUGGACGGGCUGUCGGAACGCUGUGCUCAGUAUAAGAAGGACGGAGCAGCUUUUGCAAAGUGGCGAUGUGUCCUAAGAAUGAAUGACACCAGCCCAUCUCAGCUGGCCGUCUCUGAGAAUGCAAACAUUCUGGCCCGAUACUCCAGUAUCUGCCAGCAGCAUGGAAUUGUGCCAAUCAUUGAGCCAGAGAUUCUUCCUGAUGGAGAUCAUGACCUCAAACGCUGCCAGCAUGUCACCGAGAAGGUUCUGGCUGCGGUCUACAAAGCCAUGUCAGAACACCGGGUGUAUUUGGAGGGAACAUUGCUUAAACCAAACAUGGUAACGCCAGGACACAGCUGCAGCAUCAAGUAUAGCCCAGAGGAGGUCGCUAUGGCCACUCUGACGGCUUUGCGACGUACUGUUCCUCCUGCAGUACCAGGCGUGGCUUUCCUGUCAGGAGGUCAGAGUGAGGAAGAAGCCUCCAUCCACCUUAACUCCAUCAACAACUGUCCUCUGAAUCGGCCUUGGAUCCUGACCUUCUCCUUUGGUCGAGCUUUGCAGGCAUCUGCACUGAGAGCGUGGAGAGGCCACAAAGAAAAUGAAAAAAGUGCCACUGAGCAGUUCAUCAGAAGAGCUGAGGUGAACAGUCUGGCCUCUCAGGGGAAGUAUACCAGUACUGAUGGCUACAUUGAAGCUAACCAGCGUGUUUAUGGAUCCUGUUAUGCUUACUGAAUAACUUGCAUCGUGUUACUCCUUUAGCUUUUCGCAGCAAAGUAGACAAUGAUUAACAGUUAGACUGUAGAUACAAUUGUUUGUAAUAGACGCGCUAUAAAAUCCAACAUCUAUGUUAGAGCUAACUCUUUAACAAAUCAACCCAGAGUCUCUUCCUUUAUAUAGCCACAUGGCAUGGAAUGAAAGCAUCUUCUUCAAUAUGCCUACACCUGGAUACCAAAUGUUGGACCAGACCUGAAGUUUUUUUUUUGGUCCAGUACACUAAGAUUGUGGGUUGGAGGGUCAGAACUCAUUUGUUUUGUAUGUAUCAUUAUUCAGUUGUACAUGGAUUAUUUAGCUGUAAACAUUUGUUUAACUCUUUACUAAGGAGCUAUUAUCUGCAAAUUUAAUUCAACGAUGUAAUGAGUGAGCUUGUUUGUGUACACCCACAGGCAUGAUGAACACUUCAACCUUAAAAUAAUAAAUCAAACAUAAAACGUUGAGCAACGCUGUGUUUUGCUGUCUUGCCUGAAAUUCUGUUCAUUAAUAUUGUUAUUUUCCCAUAUCUUAAUGUAUAUUGAAAUGUUUAAUUUAUAGGCAUGAAAUUACACAACGAAUCAAAUGUUUUUGAAUCGUAUUACUUAUCUCAUAAGACUAAGCUAAUA